AUGAGAGUUAGUUUGUUUUUCUGUUCUUGUAAUUGUAAAUUCCUUUUUUUUUUUUUACUUCCUAGUAGGAACUCUCAUGAUGAGGCAAACUCCUCCAGUGCUGUCAAUCACUCAGAGGAUGAGUCGGGGAAUGAGAACAGACAGAAGAGUGUGAGACGAAAAAAAAGGCCGCACGAGGGCUCAGAGAAUGUCAAACGCAAAAGUGCCAAAGCCAGUCGCAGCAGUGUUAGCAGAGCAGGAGGCAGCCGCGGUAAACGGAGGCAUGUGGAGGCCGUCACCCUGUUCCAAGUGGUCACCAUGGGCAGGAGUGCCAUGCAGGUGGUGAUUGAUGACUGGAUUGAGGCUUAUGUGACGGACAGAGACUCUUCUCUCCUCGAUCUCAUCAGCUUCUUCAUCCAAUGCUCGGGGUGUAAAGGUGUGGUCACAGCAGAGAUGUGUCAGAGUAAAGAGGACAGUGAAAUCAUGAGUAAGAUGGUGGAGGAGCUGGAUGAGGUCUCUGGUCUACAGUAUAAGAAGUUCCUGGCCUUCCCGUGGAUCCUCACAGUCACGUGGCCCAUGGAUACUGAUAAUGUAGAGUAUCCUCUGAUACAAUCUGGACCGUACGGACGCUGGUUCCACUCUGAGUUCUGCGAGUUUGUGUCCGUGCUGGUGGCUCAGUGUCAACACAGUGUCAUAUUUGACAGUUAUAUGAUGAACACUCUCAUCUCACUGCUCACCGAGCUGUCGGACUCUUACGUACGGGCUUUCAGACACACCUGCACUCUAGCAGCGGUGAAGCUGCUGAGCUCUCUGGUGAACGUGGCUCUGAGCCUGAGCGUCGGCAUUGAAAACAGUCAGAAACUGCACGAGGUGCAGAAGACAAAGACGAGACAGAAAAGCACACUGCAACAGGAGAGAAUACAGAAGAAGAUCACGGAGCUGCAAGAGAAGAGGGCGGAGAUAGAGAGCAUGAUGGACAUCAUCUUCAAAGGAAUAUUUCUAAAAAGAUAUCGCGAUGUGCUUCCAGAAAUCCGCUCUAUCUGUAUGGAGGAGUUGGGUUUGUGGAUGAAGCUCUACAGCUCUGCAUUUCUCACUGAUAGCUACCUCAAAUACAUGGGCUGGAUGAUGCACGACAAGAUGCCAGAUGUGCGUCUGAAGUGUGUGUUAGGUCUACAGGGUUUGUAUGGGGAUCCUCCACUCCUCCCUAAACUGGACCUGUUCACCAACCGCUUCAAGGACCGGAUGAUCUCCAUGACUCUGGAUAAAGACAAUGAAGUGGCAGUGCAGACCAUGAAACUGCUGCUUCUUAUCUCCAAAACGUGUGAUGUGCUUAGUCCAAAGGACUACAAGCAGCUGCUCCAGUUUGUUUACUCUUCUCAGCGCCCUUUAGCGGCCAUUGCAGGGGAGCUGCUCUUUUCACGGCUUCUCAACACUGUAGCCCCUGCAUCUGAUACUCAGGAUGAAAUAAAUGAGGAGGAGGCACAUAAACAACAAACAUCUGCCAGACUGAAGGCUCUGCUGCAGUUCUACCAGGAGUCUGAGCUGCACAAGCAUGUGGUGUACCUAGUGGACAGCCUAUGGGACUGUGGUGGAGCCCUGCUGAAGGACUGGCACACACUCACAUCUAUACUGCUGCAGGACUCUUCCUCACACUCUCCAGGUCUUACUCAGGCAGAACAAGCAGUGCUUGUAGAGCUUCUGGUAGCAUCGGUGCGCCAGGCUGCAGAGGGCCCAGUGCUGGCAGGAAGGAGCGGAGCCAAGAAGGUAAUGAAUGCCAGAGAAAAGAAAAUUCAGAUUGAUGACUGUACUAAGCUCACUGGUCAUCUCCUCGUGGUGCUUCCUAAGUUACUGUCCAAGUUUUCAGGUAGUUGUGACAUUGUUGCGUCCCUGAUGAAGAUUCCUCAGCACUUCCUCUCUGAGUGUCUUGAGGCUGACAACACACAGGCUGUAUCCGGCCUGACGGAAGAGAUAGGGGCUGUGUUGGACCGCCACUCGGGCCCCCCUGUUCUGGAGGCUGCAGCACGUACGUUCCUUAGUCUGUGUGGGGCGGAGACGGCCUGCUGCUCCGUGGCCCGGGCCGCCAGAGACUCUCUGGUCCAGCGCUGGGUGGAUCAACUGACAGCACUGCUGGGGGACACCCUGUCACUUAAGGGUGAGAGUCAAAGUUUCUCUGCUGACGAGGAGAAAACUGGAGAGAUUUUAGCCACGCUGAAGAAACUCAGAGCUUUCCACAACUGUCAUGACCUCCUCAAGUGGAACGUGUUUGAGCUUUUGUCUCCUCUCCUGUCAGUGGAGAGCAGCGAGGGAGAAGCACCGCCUGAGGUGCUGCUGGAGGUGCUGCAGUGUCUGUGUUACUGCAUGCUCUGGUCUCUCAACACCAGUACUGAAACGUUAACCUCCAGAGAGAAAGCUGUGACCCAGAGACUCCAGCUGCGUCUCUUCUGUGAGAGGGGUAAUCGAUGUCUCUCCCACUCCGACCACAGUGUGCGGCAACAGGCUUUUCUGGGGGUCUGUGACGUUCUGACAGCUCAUUCCUACCAGCUACAGGUGUGGGAUCCCUCCUCCUAUGGUCCGCUGCUCUACACUCCCAGUCCCAAACUGCAGAGGGCGCUGUUGACCUUUUUGUGCAUGCACAUCUUUGUUGGACCGGACUGUGAAAACCAGAGCAGCGUGAGUGAAAACUCUGAAAUGGAGAGGCUAGAGGACCUUCACAAACGAAGAAAUCUGCUGGCGGCCUUCUGCAAACUGAUAGUUCAUGGAGUGCUGGAGACGAGCAUGGCAGCUGAGGUCUUCAUGUACUAUGUGAAGUACUAUAACGACUUCGGAGACAUCAUCAAGGAGAUGAUGUACAGGACCAGGCAGAUGGAUAGAAUAGAGAGUGCUCGGACACUGGUGCUCUGUUUGCAGCAGCUGAUUGUCCGUCUGAAGCGAGAGCAGGAGAGCGGCGCUGGGGCUCACCCAGGGGUCCAGACCUUCACCUGCAUCAAAGAGCUCGCCAGGCGGUUUGCCCUCACCUUCGGGGACCUCGUCAAGUUUCGUGAUUGUGUCGUCAUGAUCCACAGGAACGGCAUAGAGUUUGUGUUCCAGGAGUUUAUUCAGACCCCAGAAACACCUACGCCACCGUACCUCUCCUACCUGACCAUCCUCAGUGAGUUCUCCAGCAAACUCCUCAAACCGGACAAGAAGGCCGUGUUCUCCUACCUGCAGAAGCACACUGCAGAGCAUAUUAUUGACCUCAGGGAGGAGUGCUGGCAGCCUCUCAUCUACUACCGUGUUUCCCUGUUGGCUGUGGUUGAAGGAGAAGAUGCGAUGUCCUACGUUAGCUCCGACAGAAAGCUGUACCUGCCAAAUCGCUCUCCCUUGUCCAGACAAAAACUAGAAGGAAGCAAGUACCCCUGCGCAUUCAGCCCUGUCGACUCCAAAGUUAGUAAAGUUCCCAAGUCCAGCUUCAGUCUCAGCAAUCAGGAAAGGACGACUGACAUGGAUCCCUUUUCUGUCCCGAUGGAACCUCCUGCAAAAAGACUGAACAUUGAGGGAUCUGUCCUCAGCACCGGACACGAGGCGGAUGAUGACACUGUGGAAGUCGAACUGUAACAAUUAGGAAGUUGUAGGAGAAUCGGUGCGUCUGUCUAGGUGACAAAAACCUCACACUGGACAUCACAAAAUUUGGAGCAAGACGUUUUCCUUUUUUUUGUCUUUUCUGUGCUGAUGUGCAGACUUCCCAGCAUCCAUUUUUGCUGUACAUUAUGUGUUAUAUGAGGACAUAGUUUUAAAAGAUAACUCAGCAAUAUUACAUGAUAAAUUUUUUUUAUUGUCAACAAAUCCCAUGAAAAACAAAAAACAAAAACGAAUUUAUUGUACUAUUACUUUUGCAGCUAAAGCCUGACACAUCUUAAUCUUCAGUGCCAUAAACCUCAAUUGUUGCCCAUAAAUCAUCAAUGAUCAACACUGUUGCAUUAAAUCAGCGGUUCUCAAUCUUUUGGUACCCCGUCAUGUAUGUCCCUUGGAAUAAUUUGACGGUGCUUAUUUCUUUACACUUCUAUAGUUAUGUGAGAUAAAAAGGUAUUAGAAAGCCAUUAGCCAUGUAUUAUUAUCAUAAUAACAUACAGAUUAAGGGUUGUAUAUUUGUUAGAUAAGAAUGUCAUCUAUAAACUGUUAUAUAUUUAAAACAUGAUGCUUUUAGUGAAAAAAUAAUAUAAAUUUACAUAUCAUAAUAAUUUAAAUGAAUGUAAUCCGAAAGCUUUUCAUAGACCCUUGGGGCCCAUAAUUUACAGCAAUAAAUCAUGUUAUCCUACAUGACAAAGAACAUGGGAAGUGUAGUUUACUAGAGCACCAAAUCAUGUAUUAAGCCACAGAU